CAUCUUCUUGUUAUUUAUCCAGAGAUCCAAAGAGAGAGUGAGAGGGAAAGAAGAGAACUUUGAAACCAAAACCAGUUCAUCAGUCAAAUCACAAUGCCUGCGGUGAGAACGAGAGCCAAAUGUUCGAUUCCCAUCCCAAACCCUAACCCAACCAUCCGAGGAGGAAACCCAAACGUCUCCGUCUACGAGAAAUGCAGAGAAGACCGGAUCAAGGAGAAUCUUCAGAGGAUGCAGAGUCUCGGCAUCGUCGAUCUCUCCCUCAAACUCAAAUCCGAUCUCCGACCAGCUAAACGUCGCUACGGCUGUAAAUCUCCCCGAGACACUCCUUCUCCUCUUCAGCAUCCCGUCUCCACCAGACGUUCCUCUAGAUUAAAGCAGGAACCGCCAGUUACUCGGAGGUCCUCGAGAUUGAAGAAUGCUACGCCAGUUACCUAUGCUGAGGAACCUGAAGUGAAGAGGGGUAAAGCAUCUAAAGACGAGGUUGUUAUGUGGGUUGGAGAAGGCGUGAGGCCAGAGAUUUACACUGAUGAGCAUGAGAAACUGCUUGGUAGCACUGAACGAACUUGGGAGCUUUUUGUCGAUGGUUAUGGCAAAGAUGGGAAACGGAUUUAUGAUCCUGUUAAUGGAAAGACUUGCCACCAGUGCAGGCAGAAGACACUCGGUUAUCAUACUGAAUGCAGUCAAUGUAACCCAUCAGUCCGAGGCCAAUUCUGUGGAGAUUGUUUAUACAUGAGAUAUGGAGAACAUGUUCUUGAAGCUCUGGAAAACGUGAACUGGAUUUGUCCAGUCUGUCGUGGGAUCUGCAACUGCAGUUUCUGUCGUACACAUAAAGGGUGGCUCCCGACUGGUGCAGCUUACAGGAAGAUAGUUAAACUCGGGUACAAGUCUGUUGCGCAUUAUCUGAUUCUCACCAACAAGCAGUCGGAAACAGUUGAGGAUGAUGAAACUGAUGAUGCCGCUGAAGAUAAUCAAGCUUCUGCUAAGAGAUCACUUUCUUUCAAAGAAGCAAAGGAAUCUGCGGAAGAAGAUCAUCUCCUUCUAAAGAUUACUGAUGGGCUUCAGGACGAUGAGGAUGGCACAAACAAGAAUCCGGAUUCAGCUAGAAAGUCAUUGAGCUUCUUGUCUUCUGGGGACAAUCAAACUUCAGUGAAUGAUGUUCAAGUGCCAGGUGAUGUCAAGCCAUUAUAUGUGAAGGAGAUGGAACCAGCAACUCCUGUGACCGUCGACCUUGAGGUUCAAUGCGGCCAGACCAAGAAAAAGGCCAACUCUGCAAACAAAGAGAACCAAGAAACCAAAGGGAAGAGGAAAAUGGCUGUUGUUGAACCAAACCCAAACAGUAUCGGUGGAAGACUGAGACAGCGUCGUAAGACUCAAGUUUGAAAGGAAGAGAGAAGUUUCAGAAGACUAUGAAUGGGAUACUCUGCUUUUGCUAUCUUUAUUCUCAGACUAAUCACAGUGAAGCUUUUUUCUUCACUUUUUUUUUAUCGGAGUAAACAUGGAUCAUGUAAGAACUUGACGGCUUGUCAAAUUUUGUGUUUUUGUUGCUGGCUUGCUGCUGUUGGUGAUCUCAUGUAAUGGAUGUUUGUGUUAUUACUAAUAGUAACCAUCAAUCUUUAGGUAGAAUAAAGAAACUUGAAUUACU